AUGGACGCUGAAAUAUACCUCACACUUUUGCCGGCGGAAGUUCUGGAUUUAAUAUUUCAACAGCUCAAUUUCCAUGACAAACUGCAGUUGGCCCAAACGGAUCCCCUGUUGGGCCAGGCCUUUGCCGUGCACAGUCGCAGUGAAUUCGUAGAUAUUGAUAUUCGCAAAUUAUCGGCCAUGUACUGGCCAGUAAUCUUGCCGCUGUGCGGCUCACUGGUGCGCCAUAUAAAUGGCACUUGGGACAGCCAGAAUUAUAUUCCAUUUCACAUAAUCGAGAGUCAAUGCCCCUUCUUGGAGUCCAUAAAAUUCAAUGUGAACACUGAGAACUGGAUGCAGAUCACCUCGCUGCUGCUCAAUGUGAAAACUUUAAAUUCGGUCCACCUGCAUAUAGCCGCGGAUUGUGAUCCCUCUGUGAACCUCAUCAACGCCCUGAUGCAGCUUCCCAGUCUAAGUAAAUUGCUGCUACAUGGCUUUUCCUGCGAUAUGGUUUAUCAGUUGCAAAAUCUGUUUAAUUUGAAAGACAUCAGCCUCAAUUUGAGGAGCCACCCCCAGGCCAUCAAUAUAUUUGAGAUUCUUUCGUCUUUGAAAAAUCUCCGCACCUUGCACAUUUCAAACAUGAACAUCAUGGAGACCCAGAACUCGUGCUUUAAUGAGCUGCAGGAACUGGAGAUAUUUUCCUGUCACAUCUACUCCAUGUUGCCGAUGGUUCCCAAACUGAAAUCAUUGCGAUUCAGAAGGAAUUUUUAUUAUUCUCCAGACUUUCGAUUGUUUUACUGGAUUUCCCAGCACUCGUAUACCUUGGAGUUUUUGGAACUGCUUUUGCCACAUUUACAGCAUACUAACGUCCAUUUUGGAGAACAGGACCUACUCGAAAUGCUUCAAAACUGUACAAAUCUGAGAACUCUUCACCUGGGCAACUCCAUCACCUGGCAUUUUGUGGGUUCCUUUAUGAAUCUGUUGAGUGCAAAGGGUUUUAGUUCAGAAAGGCAAUUCCGGUUUGUCUUAGAGAACUUUGAAGAAGUCAAAUCAAUGUUUUUUGCAUCGCCUUACUUGGGCCUAGUUUAUGUGCGAAGUCCCACCCCCUGCGAGAGAUGUGCCUGGGGUUGUCUUUAA